AUGGCUCCUCUGAGAUGGACCACAUCAGAAGAGCUUGAGUGGCUUCAGAAUGAGCUACCUGAGUUUCUGAACAUGCAAAAAGAUCAAAAACUUACUUGUUUCUAUGAGCUCCUAUUUCCGAGGUGGUUUAGUCUGUUUCUGGAACACUUGAAAUAUUGGAAACCAACUGGUAACCCUCCUCUGCACGAAGGGGAGGCAGUUGUUCAUCAGAAUGAUGACAGCAGUGACACUAAUAUUAGUGACGAGAGCGGCCUGUUACCACUCACCCCAGAACAAGAAGCUGAGCUUGAAGGGGAAAAAGAGAUCCGGCAGAAGUCGGACAGCCAAAGGUUGAGAAUCGACCCAGUUAGGUGGGCCAUCCAACUGUGGAAUAGCGCCCAUGCUAGCGGGUGGGCCAAGUGUCGAUGCCAUAGCAUGAAUGGGACAAUUGUAAUGGGCCACAAGCUUACGGAUGAGCCCAGCUGGUUAUUGACAGUAUCGGAAGAGGGCACAAGUGAGCCGACCGGUUAUUCCUGGGCCCAUCACAAUACUGGGAAGGGUGCGGAUUGGCUCAGUACACAAGCAUCCGGAAGGGCCCAAUUGGUCCUCACAUUCAAUAUGCGGAUCGGUCCGGCUGAUCGGGCCAGUCAAGGUGGGCCCCAAUAUGCAGGCAAGUCGGGUGGGCCUACCAUGAAGGAAUUCCCGGUAGUAAUGGGGGUCACGGAUGGGCCCAGCAAGUUUUUUUGGCCCACCGGAUAUGCAUAUGAUCCCGCCCAGAGGGGCAACAUACAGUCCCAUCUAUUGUUUGGCCCAGUACAUAUGCCGGGUAGUCUUGGAUGGGCCUACAGAUGGGCCCAAGAGAAUAUGCAUUUGAUCUCGGAAGGGCCGACUAAGCCGAAUAUAUGGCAUGGGACUGCAUUGCAUUCUCGAAGGGCCAGCUAG